UCCCCCAUUCACUGCAUAUCCUGCAAAGCAUGUGGUUCUGGGACAGCAGGUGUAACAAAGACUAUCAGGUAUAAUCUAGAGAUGUCUGCAGUCUUCUCAUAAACCUGACUCUUCUGCUAAAGGACAAGCUCGCUGUGUUUCGGUGUGGUGUGGGUGUCUUCUGGAUCUGGCUUGUCAUUAAUGGCGGGUAAACGUGGCUGCCCCUGCUGUCCCAAUACAGAAGAACCAAAGGCAGUUCCCCUGUCGAGGACAAAUGUGGCACCAACUCUGGCCCCAGCUGACCAGCUAUGGUGCACCCGCAGAGACGAGGCAGUCAGGCUGAGGAUGGAGGGCUCAGGCUCGGCCUCAGACACUCCCAUCACCGUCCAUCAGAUGUUCCUGGAGACGGUGGAAACGUACGGGGAUCAUACAGCUUUGGCUUUCAAAAAAGACGGCCAGUGGGGGACCGUGACAUACAAGCAAUUCUAUGAUCAGUCCCGGGCAGCUGCUAAAAGUUUCCUCAAGUUGGGGCUGGAGCGUUACCAUGGGGUGGCCAUCCUGGGAUUCAACUCCCCCGAGUGGUUCAUCUCCGACAUCGGCUGCAUCUUUGCCGGUGGUCUGGCAACUGGAAUUUACACCACCAACUCACCUGAAGCUUGUCAGUAUGUGGCUGCCAACUGUGAGGCCAACAUCCUGGUUGUGGAGAACCAGAAACAGCUUGACAAAAUCCUGCAGGUUAAAGAUCACCUACCUCAUCUGAAAGCCAUUGUCCAGUAUAAAGGCGAGCUGCAACAGAAAGCACCAUUCCUGUAUACAUGGGCAGAGUUCAUGAAGGUGGGAGAGGAUGUGCCUGAGGAGCAGCUGAAUGCUGUGAUAGACAGUCUUCGGGCUAACGAGUGCUGUACUCUCAUCUACACUUCUGGAACCACUGGGAACCCUAAAGGAGUCAUGCUGAGCCAUGACAAUCUGACAUGGACAGUCCGUGCAGCCCUUUCCACAGUAAAUCUUAAAAAAGCUGAAGAAGUGGUUGUCAGUUACUUGCCGCUCAGUCACGCGGCAGCCCAGAUGUUUGACAUCUGGAUGUGUAUUUGUUUUGCGUGUACCACCUACUUUGCGGAGCCAGACGCCCUCAAGGGCUCCUUAGGAACCACACUGAAAGAGGCUCGUCCAACUUGUUUUCUGGGGGUUCCUCGUGUGUGGGAGAAGAUGCAGGAGAAGAUGAAAGCUGUUGGUGCUAAGGCAUCCCCCCUGAGGAAGAGCGUGGCGGACCGGGCCAAGUCCAUAGGCCUGCAGUACAACCACAGUCUCAUGAACGGGGAGAAUGUGGUGCCGUGGGGCUUCUCGCUGGCUAAUAGUCUGGUCUUUAAGAAGGUGCGUGUUGCGCUGGGCUUAGACCGCUGCAAGAUCUGCUUCACAGGUGCUGCCCCCAUCACCAAAGACACUCUGGAUUACUUCAUGAGCCUGAACAUCCCCUUGAUGGAGGUGUAUGGCAUGAGUGAAAGCUCCGGCCCACACACUGUCUCUUCUAAUGAAGAAUACCGCAUCACAAGUUGUGGAAAGCCAAUGCCAGGCUGCAAGACAAAGCUGGAUAACCCGGAUCAGGACGGAAAUGGAGAGGUAUGUUUCUGGGGUCGGCAUGUCUUCAUGGGCUACCUGAACAUGCCCGACAAAACAGCAGAGGCCAUUGACCAGGAGGGUUGGCUGCACUCUGGAGAUCUGGGAAAACAUGACCAGCACGGCUUCCUGUACAUCACAGGAAGGAUCAAAGAACUCAUCAUCACAGCCGGUGGAGAAAACAUCCCUCCUGUUCCCAUCGAGGAUGCGCUGAAGGCCGAGGUGCCCAUCAUCAGCAACGCCAUGCUGAUCGGAGACAAGCUCAAGUUCCUCUCCAUGCUGCUCACUCUCAAAUGUGUGGUGGACGACAACGGUGACCCCACAGACAAGCUGAGCCCGGAGGCUUUGGACUUCUGCAAGCAGCACGGCGUCACAGCGACCACAGUGUCAGAGAUAAUAACCAAUAAGGUGCCAGCUGUCUACCAAGCCAUUCAGGAGGGCAUAGAGCGCGUCAACGCCAGAGCGACGUCCAACGCCCAGAAGGUUCAAAAGUGGGUCAUACUGGAGCGAGAUUUCUCUGUUGGUGGAGGAGAGCUGGGACCCACCAUGAAACUGAGGAGGCCCAUUGUUGUGAAGAUGUACCAGGAGAAAAUAAGUGAAAUGUAUGCAAUGGCAAAACUGUAGACUGUACUGCACAGAUAUGAGACGCUAAUGAAGAGAAGCGUUCAGGAGAAACUUUAUGAACCUUGUAUUGAGCCCAGACACCAGUGUGAUAAAUAUAAAAAUCUCUUUUAACCUAAAAGUUAUAACUGCGAAAACAAAAUUAAGGAAAACAAAAUGUGUUAUAUUUAAUGAGGAAAUUUAUGCUGCUAUGUUUUGAUAUAUGAAUUGUAAAUUUUGAAUUGUACACAGUCACAAGCAUGUACAAAUUGUCAAGCAUACAUUCGAAUAUGUGCUUUUCCGUGUACAGUUUGACAAUACUGAAAUGUUUACUUUGUGAUAUAUGUUUCAUGACUGUCAAUAAAAAAGGAAUGAUUUGGACAACUUAA